UUGAGGUUUGGUGGAUAGUUGUAGGCUUACCCUAUUGUCUCGAAUGGGUCCCGGACGUCGGAUUCUUCAAUAAUAAAAGUUUCGAGUCACUGUCGCCGUAGAGUGGACAAAAUGGAAAAGGCGAAAGCUAAGAAGGAAAAGUUCUCCCUGUUCAGCUCCCGCUCCACCCACCGGCACCCCGUCACCCAGCCUCCCCCCUCCCCGUUCUUCACCUCCUCCUCCUCCUCCCCGCCGGGGCUCCCGUCCGGGGCCCUGCUCCCCAAGGACCCCGUGCACCUCGCCUCUUCCGCCGCCUCGUGCUCCUCCUCGUGCACCUCCUCCUCCCUCAGCAAGGCGGAGUUCCUGGAGCGCGUGCGGCGCAGUAACCAGGCCUGCCAGCAGGGGGAGUACGCGCUGGCCGUGCGCCUCUACAGCGAGGCCCUGGCCGCGGACCCCCAGAACUGCAUCCUGUACAGCAACCGCUCGGCCGCCUACCUGCGGCUGGGGCAGUACGGCACCGCCCUGGACGACGCCCUCAAGGCCCGGCUCAUCAACCCCAAGUGGCCCAAGGCCUACUUUCGCCAGGGGGUUGCGCUGCAGUACCUGGGUCGCCAUGCCGACGCACUGGCUGCGUUCGCCUCCGGCCUCGCCCAGGACCCCAAGAGCCUGCAGCUGCUGGUGGGCAUGGUGGAGGCGGCCAUGAAGUCACCGCUCAGAGACUCCAUCGAGCCCACCUACCAGAAGCUCCAGACGAUGAAGCUGGACAAGAGCCCCUUCGUGGUGGUGUCGGUGAUCGGCCAGGAGCUGGUGAGCCACGGCUCCUACGGGGCCUCCGUGGUGGUGCUGGAGUCGGGUCUGAAGAUAGGCACCUGCUCCUUGAAGCUGCGCGGGUCCGUGUUCUCCGCCCUCAGCUCCGCCUACUGGUCGCUCGGCAACAGCGAGAAGAGCGUGGCCUACAUGCAGCAGGACCUGGAGGUGGCCAAGACUCUGGGUGACCAGUGUGGUGAGUGUCGGGUUCAUGGGAACCUCGGCUCGGCUUUCUACUCCAAAGGGAACUACCGGGAGGCCCUGACCAAUCACAGGAACCAGCUGGUGCUCGCCAUGAGGCUCAAGGACAGAGAGGCUGCGUCCGGGGCCCUCAGCAGCCUGGGCCACGUGUACACCUCCAUAGGGGACUACCCCAACGCCCUGGCCAGCCACAAGCAGUGCGUGCUGCUGGCCCGGCAGAGCCAGUGCCGGCUCUCCGAGGCUCGGCAGCUGGGGAACGUGGGGGCCGUGUACACCGCGCUGGGGGACUUCGCCAACGCCCUGAAGUGCCACGAGCAGCAUCUGGAGGUUGCCAAGACCCUGGGGAACCGGCGGGAGGAGGCCCGGGCGUACAGCAACCUGGGCAGCGCCUACCACUCCCAGAGGGACUUCGACAAGGCCGUGUCCUACCACACCCGGGUCCUGGAGCUGGCCCGGGAGCUGGAGGAGAGGGCUUUCGAGAUGAGGGCGUACGCGGGGCUGGGCCACGCCGCUCGCUGCAUGCAGGACUUGGCGAGGGCGGGGGGGUACCAUCAGAACCAGCUGGACAUCGCACAGGAGCUGGAAGACAGACCGGCCCAGGGGCGGGCCUCGUCCAACCUGGGCAUCAUCCAGCAGAUGAGGGGGGAGUAUGACACGGCGCUGGAGCUCCACAAGACCCACCUGGCCCUGGCCCAGGAGCUGGGGGACUACGCCGCCCAGGGCCGGGCCUACGGGAACAUGGGCAACGCCUACAACGCCCUGGGCCACCACGACCAGGCCGUGCGCUACCACCGGCAGGAGCUGCAGAUCUCCCUGGAGGUGAACGACCGUCCGUCCCAGGCCUCGACCCACGGUAACCUGGCCGUGGCCUACCAGGCCCUGGGGGCCCACGACCAGGCCCUCCAGCACUACCUGCACCACCUCUCCAUCGCCAGGGACCUCGGCGACGCCCAGAGUGAAGCCAGGGCUUUAGCUAACCUGGGGAACUUCCACAGCGGCCGAGGGGAGUAUGCCCAGGCCCUGCCCUACUACCAGCAGUACCUGGCCCUGAGCCCCGGGCUGCAGGACCUGGAGACGGCCGGGAAGAUCUUCCACAACCAGGGCUACGCGUACUACUGCCUGGGCCAGUAUCGAGACGCCAUCAGGUGUUAUGAGCAGGACCUGGGCUUGGCAAAGGACCUCCAGGAUAAACUGGCCCAGGCCAAGGCCUACUGCAACCUGGGCCUGGCCCACAAGGCCCUGGGGGAGUACAGCAAGGCGGAGGAGUGUCAGAGAUACCUGCUGUCCCUGGCUCAAGCCCUGGACAACACCCAGGCGGCGUUCCGGGCGCUGGGGAACCUGGGGGAUGUUUGUGUGUGUCGGGGAGAUCUUCCGGCGGCUACGCGGUUCUACCAGCAGCAGCUCAAGCUGGCCCAGAAGCACAAGAACCAGAAGAUGGAGGCAGAUGCUUAUUCAGCACUUGGCUCGUCUCACAGGCUCCAGCGGCAGAUGGAGCCGGCGCUGUCCUUCCACAGCCAGGAGCUGACCCUGCGCAGGGACCUGUGCGACCAGCAGGGGGAGUGCCAGGCCCUGGGCCACCUGGCGGCCGUGCACAUGACCCUGGGCGACUACGCCACCACGCUGCAGUGCUACGAGGCCCAGCUGGUGCUGGCCCAGGGGCUGCGCGACGCCCGGCUGGAGGCCCGGGUGCACGGCAACAUGGGCAUCACCAAGCUGAACAUGGGGCUGUUCGAGGAGGCCAUCGGCUACUUCGAGCAGCAGCUGGCCAUGCUGCAGCAGCUGAGCGGCGCCGAGGGCGUGCUGGACCGCGGGCGCGCCUUCGGGAGCCUGGCCGACUGCUACGACGCGCUGGGGGACUUCGAGGAGGCCAUCCAGUACUACGAGAAGUACCUGAGCGUGGCCCAGAGCCUGGUGCACGUCCAGGACCAGGAGAAGGCCUACAGGGGGCUGGGGAAUGCACACCGGUCUAUGGGUAACCUCCAGCAGGCGUUGGUGUGCUUUGAGAAGCGCUUGGUGGUAGCCCAUGAGCUGGGUGGCGACGGAGGGGGCAAGGCCCACGCGUACGGGGAGCUAGGCACCCUGCACAGCCAGCUGGGCAACUACGAACAGGCCCUGUCCUGUCUGGAGCACCAGCUCAACAUCGCCCACACAGCAGGGGACCAAUCACUGGCUGGUGAGGCUAGUGGAUCCCUGGGAGGAGUUUACCAGCUGAUGGGAGACAACGAGACAGCUUUGCAGUGGCACCAGAGGGCACUGGAUAUUGCGGAGCAAAUAGGAUGUGGGCGGGGCCAGGGCCGGGCCUACGGGGACCUGGGACUGACCUACGAGGCCCUGGGGAACUUUGAGCGAGCCGUGUUCUACCAGGAGCAGCACCUGAGCGUGGCGGCGCAGACCAACGACCUCCCGGCCAAGACCCUGGCCUACGGGAGCCUGGGGAGGACACACCACGCGCUGCAGAACUUUGCACAGGCUGUGAUGUACCUGCAGGAAGGCCUGCGUCUGGCUGAGCAGCUGGGCCGGAGGGAGGAUGAGGCGAAGGUGCGCCAUCACCUGGGUCUGUCUCUCUGGGCCAGCGGGAACCUGGACGCUCAGCAUCAGUUGUACAGAGCGUCUCUGCUCUUCGAGACGAUCCGCCAUGAGACGCAGCCCAGUGCAGAGAACAAGAUCCGUCUGCUGGACCUCCAGACCAGCACCUACCAGGCUCUCCAGAGGGUCCUGGUCAGCCUCGGUCGCCAUGACGAGGCUCUGGCCAUAGCGGAGCGGGGUCGCCCCCGGGCCUUCGUGGACCUUCUGAUGGAGCAUCAGAAGGGCGGGGAGCCGGCGGUGACCUCUGACCUCUACACGCCGGUGAGCGUGGAGCACAUGCUGGAGGUGGUGAGCAGGCAGAGGGCCGAGGUGCUCUACUACUCUCUGGCGGGAGGCUUCCUCUACAGCUGGCUGCUGUCGCCCGGGAAAGGCAUUAUCAAGUUCCACCAGGUGUAUCUUGGAGAGAGUGGAGGAGAGAGGUCUGAGUUCCAUGAGGGCGGGGCCAGUACUGUUGGGGGCGGAGUCAAUGGAAGCGGCCAAUCUCUGGAGCAGUACAUCUCCAACGCUAGAGAGGCCCUGGGAGUGGACAGCCAUUACAGCAGGAGCAAUCAGAGCAGCGUCCCCAGCACCACUGCAUCUCCAGUGAGAGAGAGACGGGCCGUCAACAGGUCUCCUCUGCGAGCGCUCUACGACCUGCUCAUAGGACCCAUGGAAAUGGGCCUGAUGUCGAGCGCCAGCUCGGUGGGCCGCCACCGGGAGCUGGUGCUGGUGCUGGAGGGAGAGCUGUUCCUCAUCCCCUUCGCCCUGCUCAAGGGCAGCUCCUCCAACGAGUACCUGUACGAGCGCUUCAGCCUGAUCUCCGUCCCGGCGCUCAGCGGGCUGGGGGCCUCCGUCAAGCCCCCGGCCCCGUGCAGCGGGGUCCCCCUGUCCUGCUCCGACGGGGGCUCGGUGGCCGCCGUGGUGGGGGCCCCCCUGCUCCCCUCCAACGUGAUGGACCGCUGGCUCUGGGGGCCCCUGCCCUCGGCCCAGGACGAGGCCCUCUGGCUGGGGGAGCAGCUGGGCAGCGCGCCCCUCACCGGAGCCGCCGCCACCAAGGAGCGGGCGGUGGCGCUGCUGAAGCAGGCGCAGUGCGUCCACUUCGCCACGCACGUCUCCUGGAAGCUGGCCGCGCUGGUGCUGGCCCCCGGCCAGGACAGUCCGGGGCGGGGGCGGGGGCGGGCCGGCGGCGGUGGGCGACCCGCGGAGAAGGCGCCCUGCGGCGGGGUGGGUGCCGCGGACGAGGCCCCCGGCGGCGGCAGUCCGGGCGGACGCGGGGCCGCCGGGGACGUGGAGAGCGAGGACGGGGAGAGCGCGGUCAGCGAUGGGGAGAGUGUGGCCGACAGCCCGGCCCUCCAGGACUUCCUGCUCACCGCGGCGGACAUACUCAACCUGAGCCUCAACGUCAAGCUGGUGGUUUUGAGGAUGUUCCCCGAGUCCAGCAGCAGGGUGACCGCCGACGGGGUGGUGGGGCUGUCGCGGGCGCUGCUGGCGGCGGGGGUCCAGUGUGUGUGCGUGUCCCAGUGGGCGGUCCCGGCGGCGGCCUCCAAGGUGUUCACGCAGGCGUUCUACACGGCCCUCCUGAACGGGACCCGGGCCAGCGCCGCGCUGACCGAGGCCAUGAAGACGGUGCAGAGCAGCCCCCUGUUCUCCCACCCCACCCACUGGGCCGGCUACAUGCUGAUUGGCUGUGAUGUGAAGUUGAACAGCCCUAAGUCUAUGAUUGGCCAAGCCCUUACGGAGAUCCUCCAAUGCCCAGACAGGGCAAGAGACGCUCUUCGAGUUCUUUUACACUUGGUGGAGAAGUCUUUACAGCGCAUCCAGAGUGGUCAAUGUAACCCCAUGUACACGUCCCUGCAAAGCAUCGAGAACAAGGUGGGUGGCGUCCCUGGCUGGCAGGCCCUGCUGUCUGCGGUGGGCUUCAGGUCUGACGGCUUAGGGGGCGGCGGGCCGGGCGGUCUCCCCGCUGCCUCCGCGGUCUUCUUCCCCACCAUGGACCCCGGGAGCCGCCUGCAGCAGUGCAGCGCCACCCUACAGGCCCUGCUUGGUCUCCCUCCUGCAGCUCUGCUGGCUCUGUGUAAGCUGGUGACAGAGUCUGAGAGUGGAGAACAGCUGAUCAGCAAGCUUCACCAGGUGCUGGUGCAGCUGCAGUCAGGUGACAAAGAUCAGGACUUCUCAUUGGUUCCCAUCCAAGUGUCUAUAAGUGUCCAGCUCUGGAGAUUGCCCGGCUGCCACGAGUUCCUGGCCGCUAUCGGAUUUGACCUUUGUGAGGUCGGCCAGGAGGAGGUGGUUCUAAAGACCGGGAAGCAAGCGAGCAGGCGUACCAUGCACUUUGCGCUCAAUUCUCUCCUGGGCUUCUUUGACGCUUCGGAGCUCCCCAAGCGUCAGAGCAUGGACAGCUCGUCCUCCCUGGAGUCCCUGUCGUCCUCCCAGUGCACCACCUCGUCCCAGGCCCAGUCCCUGGCCCCGUCCCUGGGCGGCUACCAGACCCAGCCCCCCUACCCGCCCCCCGUCUACCCGGACACCCUCUCCUGCGACGCCAUCUCCGUCUACAGCCUCAGCUCCCUGGCCUCGUCCCUCAGCUUCCUGUCCAGGCCCGAGCCGGCAGGAAGUGACCUCAUCAGCCAACAGGAUCUAGACCGACACCGGGCCGGAGGAGCAGGAGUGGGAGGAGGGGGAGGUCGGCAUACGGACGGACUGUCGCUGGGUCGGCUGGGCGGUCGGGGCGGUGCCGCGGGAGGGAAGCAGGGAGGAGAGGAGUACGAUGGGUUCUCCAUUAUCAGCAGCGAACCGUUGGGAGGAGCAGCAGGAGGAGGAGGAGGAGGCGGAGGAGGAGGAGGCGGGAGGGACUACGGCACGCUGUCGUUACCCGGGGGACACAGGCACAACAGGGGAGGAGUCGGAAGAGGAGGAGCCGCCGUCUCUUCCAGGGGGUCGAUCAGCACUCCGACGUCUCCGGUCAAAGCCCCGCCCGUGGCCAUAGAGCUCUCCACCAGCCCCAAGCAUGUGCCUGCACUCUCGUCGCCGCUCAGAAAAGGCAAGCUGUGCAGCUCCGAGUCGGACCAGUCCAGCACGGAGACGGACAGCACCAUCAAGUCCCAGGAGGAGCGGGUCCCGACGGCGCUGCUCGACCCCCAGGAGCUGGCCCAGAAGAUCCUCAAGGAGACCCAGAGCCACCUGGAGGCGGUGGACAACCUCCAGAAGCUCAGCAGCACCAGGGGCCCGGCGUGCGUCAGACCCGAGGGGAAGCGGGCCGCCCGGGGCGGCUCUCUCUCCUCCCCCGCCACGGCGCCCUCCUCCCCGUCCCUGACUCCCCCGGGGGGCGCGGGCGGGCGCGGGUUCUGCCCGUCGCUGACCAGUGCGUUCAGCCGGCCCGGCAGCCGAGGCAGCCUGAAGGCCUGCUCCUCGCCUCUGUCGCACUCCUCGCCUCUGUCCGCCGCCUCGCCUCUUUCACCCUCGUCCGCUCCCCUCGCCAAAGGGCCGCCGCCACCGCCUCCGCCGGCCCGGCCGAAGAAAACCAACCGCUUAUCGUCGUCGUCGUCGGCGCCGUCGAUCUCAUCGCCGAAGCCACACUCCGCGCAUCACAGCCCGGCUGUCUCUCGCUCUCCCUCUCUCUCCUUCUCCCUCAAAGACCACGCCUACCUUUGCCCUCUGUCUUCUCCUUCUUCCGCGCUUUCGCCGGAGCCGGAGCGGCAGCGGGCGCCGAUGGCCGCCUCUAGGUCGCGUGCCUCCGACACGUCGCCCGCCCGCUCCUCGGCGGACCUCUCCCUCUCCCCCGCCUCUUCCCCCGUGGGCAGCGCCCCGUCCCCGACCUUCUCCCGCUACUCGACGGGGUCCUUCUCCGCCUCCCCCAGCCCCACGGCCAACGCCCCGAGACGGAGGCACAGCGAGAGGGCCGCCAGCGGGCCGGCGGACGACGGCGUCCAGUCCGUCCGAAACUUGAAGAGCUUCUGGGCCAACAUGAGCCAGAAGGACGAGGGUCCGAGGCCAGAGCGCGUUCCCGCCGGCGAAGGCGCUAAGAGGAUGAGCACGGUUCAGCGGGACGUCCUGGGUUUGCUGACUCUUUCCCCGAGACACGAAGGCACAGGUGAGAAUCGAACCGCCGGGACACAGGCCUCCGGACAGGGGAGGAAAGCGGAGACAAAGCCGCCAACUUUAUCGACAUCCCAAAGUCUGGUCAGGAAGUCUAAGGAAGCCGGAUCGACGGUGAACUCUUGUCCCGGAAAACUCCCCUCUGAGAACGGAUACAAGGUGAUCUCAAGCGGGAAGUUUUUCCCUUCAUCAAAGUGUUGAUGGUAUGUUUGAAAUUUGGAGACCCUUCUGGAGAAGCCAGUAUGGAUCACUCGCUCUGUGUAUCCUCUAUCUAUUGGGAAAGGUCAUUGAGAAUGAUUUGCUCCAUGAAAUAAGACUGUAAAGACGUAUCACACUUAUGCUUGUGAUGAUUGUGCCUUCUUAUGUAACUGGAAAGAUACAAUAUAAUUGUUGUAAAAAGUGUCAAAUAUUAGCAUUUAAAAAAAAAAGUUAACUGAAUUAAAAGGGACGUAUUCCGAGGCCUUUAUAAGCACACUGUAAAGAGACGUUGACAAUGCCUGCUGCAGAUUGAGAACGUGUAUUGCAUUUAGUCAACCCAAAUGCUUGCUACAUUUGUGUGUGUUGAUUAACUACUUGGCUCCGGAAUUCUUGUUAUAAAUAAUUGAUCAUGUCAGUUGUGAGUUAUUUUGUAAAUUAAAGCAUUUUCCAUUUGUAUAACAAGUUUUGUAUGUGCAAUUAAAUGAUGAACAUUUUA